GCAGAGCGCGGGAGGCCGGCUGCUAGGCGCACAUCCGGCGGCCGCCGGGUACUUCACAAAGCCGCUGUGGCCGCGGGUUGUCGCGGCGGGUUGUCUCCGCAGCAGCUCUGGGCUCUUCUCGGCUGCGGGAGCAGCUGUUCCAAUGCCCCAGAGUGGCCAUGGGCGCCCCGCACUGGUGGGACCAGCUGCAGGCUGGCAGCUCGGAGGUGGACUGGUGCGAGGACAACUACACCAUCGUGCCUGCCAUCGCCGAGUUCUACAACACGAUCAGCAAUGUCUUGUUUUUCAUUUUACCGCCCAUCUGCAUGUGCUUGUUUCGUCAGUAUGCAACAUGCUUCAACAGCGGCAUCUACUUAAUAUGGACUCUUUUAGUUGUAGUGGGAAUUGGAUCUGUCUACUUCCAUGCAACCCUUAGUUUCCUGGGUCAGAUGCUUGAUGAACUUGCAAUCCUUUGGGUUCUGAUGUGUGCUUUGGCCAUGUGGUUCCCCAGAAGGUAUCUACCAAAGAUCUUUCGGAAUGACCGGGGCAGGUUCAAGGUGGUGGUCUGUGUCCUGUCUGCAGUUACAACGUGCCUAGCAUUCGUCAAGCCCGCCAUCAACAACAUCUCUCUGAUGACGCUAGGAGUUCCUUGCACUGCACUGCUCAUUGCAGAGCUAAAGAGGUGUGACAACGUGCGUGUGUUUAAGCUGGGCCUCUUCUCGGGCCUCUGGUGGACCCUGGCCCUGUUUUGCUGGAUCAGUGACCGAGCUUUCUGCGAGCUGCUGUCAUCCUUCAACUUCCCCUACCUGCACUGCGUGUGGCACAUCCUCAUCUGCCUUGCUGCCUACCUGGGCUGUGUAUGCUUUGCCUACUUUGAUGCUGCCUCAGAGAUCCCUGAGCAAGGCCCUGUCAUCAAGUUCUGGCCCAGCGAGAAAUGGGCCUUCAUUGGUGUCCCCUAUGUGUCCCUCCUGUGUGCCAAUAAGAAAUCAUCAGUCAAAAUCACCUGAUGGUGAGGUGGUGGCUGGCUUCUCCACUUACCGCCCCUCAUGCAGUGGGCUUCCUUUGCUAGGAAGACAGCCAAGGGAGUUUGAAGAGUUGGGAUGUGGGCUAUCUUUUCAAAAAUCAGUUUGCUGGGACUCUCACUAAUGUGUCUGUAGACCACCAGGAUUCCACUGUGCAAGGGGAAAAGUGUCUUUUCGUUUCCCAAAGAUGGAAAAUGGAGGACUUAGGGACAUCAGAUGCAUCUUUCUCAGCAUCACUACCAGAUGCAGUGACUCAUUGGGCUGUGUCCUUUGUGGCCACGGCAGAGCGGUCUUUUGGGGGAUCCACCCUGUACAAUGCAUCUCUUCCUGGAGGAAGCUGGCCUGUUCCAGACCCCACCACUCCCAGGUACCCUUGGAGUGGACUCUACUGAUGACAGACAGGCCGACCCUCUGACAGACGAGACCUUCUGACUCUCUGAUGGAAGAUGCCAGAGAUUUUCCUUUGGGAUAAUUGUCCUUAAACAAAACCAAGCUGAUGAAACACACGCAGGACUUGUGGCUAGAAGGCUAUUUUUCACUUGCAUUUCCCAACUAACCCAGGUUUUACAUGCAUUUGUGAAUCUUUUUACUACUACCUCUGUGGAGAGAUGGAGAGACUUCAGAUAAAGGUGAAGCUAAUGAGUAAAACUCUCUUAUGCCAAAACCUACACUCCACUUUAGGCCAUUCUUGAAGAUGGGCACAAUUUUUGAAUACUGACAUCAUUUCUGCCUCCCCCCUCACCCCAGCUCCGCAGCCUCAAAUCCACAGAGAAUAAUUAUGGCAUGAACGUUUCCACAGACCCACCAUCUUUAAGACUUGACCUCUGUAAAAUUACCAAAGGGCCCAUCACAAUUGUGGUGUGAGUUCUGGUUCAAAAUUUGGAGCAAACAUGUAUUUUUUGGAUACUUUUUCUCAUUUGAAGCCUCCAGUAUGCCGUGCUAUUCUGGAAAUUACCUUCAAGAAUCUCACUUCUUGUUUCUGAUGUUUUUUCUGUGGGCAUCAUGCUCUUCACUCUUACAGUAGAAGGUGCUUUCUGGGUUUUCCAGAGUAUCCGAUGGCUCGCUUUUCUCAAGUACUGGCAGUAACUACACACUCACAGGCUGGUUUUGGGUUACUGGUGUAGCAGCGCAAAUCUGUUGCCUUCUGAAUUUUUCUGACCUAAUGUGGGAAAGACACUGGCUACAAUGAAUCUUCUCUUCAUCCGGGUGAAUGGAAGAAUUAAGAACUGUCUUCAAGAUGCCUGGUGGGAAUUACCAACCUCAGGGAUACUAAUUUUAACUCAGGCAUGUCCUGCUUUGCAACAUUCCAUUGUGGGGAGAGGGAGGGACAAGUGUUUUCUUGUGUGGGCAGGAGUCAUGUCAUUGUCCUACAUAUGUAAGAGUGGGAAGGUGACCGUUUUUGGCACAUCCAGGAACUUUUUCUCUAGUUAGAAUUUGUACAAGAUCCAAGGGGAAAACCCCAUAAGCAACUUAAUUUAGAGUUUAAAAAUGAAUGACUUUAUGCUGUGUCUCUGAUUAUCAAAUUAUAUAAGUUAUUCAAAAGCAGAACUGUUUGUAUUAAGAAAUCUUCGUGGAGGCCUAGCGUGGCGGCUCACGCCUGUAAUCCCAGCACUUUUGGAGGCUGAGGGAGGCCGAUCACCUGAGGUUGAGAGUUCAAGACCAGCCUGACCAACAGGGAGAAACCCCGUCUCUACUAAAAAUACAAAAUUAGCUAGGCAUGGUGGUGCGUGCCUGUAAUCUCAGCUACCUGGGAGGUGGAGGUAGUGGUGAGCUGUGAUUGUGUCACUGUCUUCCAGCCUGAGCAACAAGAGUGAAACUCCAUCUCAGGAAAAAAAAAAAAAAAGAAAGAAAGAAAUCUGUGUGGAACCCCAGUGUGUGAAAUAAAUUGUAUUUUGUUAAAUUUACAGCAUUUACUUAACAUACGAGGUGGUGAAAAUCAGGGUCUCACUCUGUCACCUAGGCUGGAAUAUAGUGGUGCCGUCACGACUCAUUGUAGCCUCUGUCUCCCAGGCUCAAGCGAUCCUCUCACCUCAGCCUCAUCAGGAGCUGGGACUACUGGUGUGUGCCACCACUCCCAGCUAAUUUUUGUUUUUUGAAGAGAUGCCAUUUCACCAUGUUGCCCAGGCUGCUCUCGAACUCCUGAGCUCAAGAGAUCCGCCCACCCUGGCCUCCCAAAGUGCUGGGAUUAUAGGCAUGAGCCAUCAUGCUCAGCCUAAAAAAUAUUUUUAAAAUGAUCUUUGAAUUAAAUAUUCAUGGAACUUCUAAUGUACCUCUUUCAGACCUAGGUGGUCGAUGGAACAGAACUGCUAAGUCCAGGGUUUCAAGUUUAGAAUUUUUUAAAGGCAAAUAUCACACCAUCUUCAUUUUAGAUUGACCUUAUCAGGCAUGGAUUCUGGUCUCAUCUAUUUUAUGGCAUAAAUGCUCCAAGGUAGGGUUUUUUGUUUUUUUUUUUUAAUGUGAAAAGCAGAAUGUGCUUCUAGAAACUGGUUCUAAAGAGAUGAGCUGAGAAAGAAAUGUGGAACGGAGUAUAUUUGAGGAGGACAAAACUAACUUCAUGUUUGAACAGAAAUCACUCUAGCUUGCCAGCAUGGGAUAUAAACCAAGAGAGUAGAGAUAUACCCAUCUUAUUUUAAGUUGGGUUUAUGGCAUUACUCAUUUAUGUAAAAGCAUUACAAACUCUUUAAAGAAAAUUGGGAAACUGCAGAAAAGUUGAAGAAAAAAGAAGUAACCCAUAUUCUGUUGCCCAGGUGUAACCCUUGUUAAUAUUUUGAUAUAGUCUCAUCUUUUUUCCCCCAAUAUUGUUGUAAAUAAAUGAUGUCUUUCAGAGUUGACAUUUAUCCUGUAGCUUGAAUGGCAUAUAAAUGCCAGUUGUAUAUUUUGGGUAUAUGAUGUGUGGGUUUGGAAUACACUAGAGUUAGCUAUAUGCUUGAAUGCUGAUCAUUGGAUUCUGAGACUGACUACUGAAUCUACCUUUUUAACCAAGCCUGACAUGAAUGGGCCCUAAAAAGUCAUGAACUGAAUUCCACUUUUUGAUGUGCCUCUGCACUUGGCUUGAUGAGUCAUCAUAAAUAGCUGUUAAAUAUGUGACUUCACAGAUUUUGAUAUGUUCACAUUGUAAAAAUGAAUAGCUUAUUUCAUUAAUUGAUGGGCAAUCAAGAAUCUCCCUCCCUCCAGUAGGGCUCACACUUAGGAGUUUGGUUAUGGCAGUGGUUGCUUAGCAUGGCUCUCAGAUUUUGUUCUGGUCAGAAGUUGGCCAAGUUCAAUAUCCAGCAGAAACUGGAGUUAGGUUAUAAAAAGCCAUUCAUGUUUCCGGGUGAUCAUUUCAAUCAGUGAUUUAUGUUUUACAGUGUUUAAUUGUUGAUUAUUAGAAAAAGAAAUCUUUUCUUCUCUGUAUGAUUAUAUCAUUAAAGGCAAGUCCUUCUAUGAACACAUUUAAGGUAUGUGGGGAUGAUAUGUCUGAAUCCAUGUGAGGACAGGCUGUAUUUUGGGGAACUCUAUGCCUGUCUAGUAAAGAGUACCUAAAACAUUAAUUAUAGGUCAAAGAUGUUCCGUUGGGGAACAAAGCUUGAUGGUUAUCAAACACAAGGCUUUGUAAAAAUAUGACCACCCGUUCCACUUACUGCAUCUCUCAGGUAUGUAAACUUCUCUCUCCAGUUCAUCGGGCUUCCAUGAGCCAGUGCCAUGUUGAGUCCCCAGGACUGGGAUUUGAGCCUUCCUGGCUCCUUAUCCCUUGGGGUGGACAUGGAACCAUCUCUGGGGUAUAGGUGGAUGCUGAAGCUCACCCAAUCAGGCAAUCAGUGGCCCUCUCCUAGCUCCUUUUUUUUUGAGACAGAGUCUCACUCUUUUGCCAGGCUUGAGUGCAGUGGUGUAAUCUCAGCUCAUUGCAACCUCUGCCUUCUGGGUUCAAUCGAUUCUCCUGCCUCAGCCUCCCGAGUAGCUGGGACUACAGGUGUGGCCACCAUGCCCAGCUAAUUUUUGUAUUUUUAGUAGAGAUGGGGUUUCACCAUGUUGGCCAGGAUGGUCUCCAUCUCUUAACUUCAUGAUCCGCCCACCUCAGCCUCCCAAAGUGCUGGGAUUACAGGCAUACGCCACUGCGCCUGGCCACUCCUUUUACACUGAAACUAAUCAUAAAGCUUUCAUAGCCAAGGCUUUGCCUAGGUGCUAUUAUUCUAGCUGGCCAAAGAGAAGUCUUGGGCCAGGUUGGGAUUCUUGAUGGAUUUUAUAGACAUCCUCCUCCUACAAACUUAAAAAAAAAAAAUGACCCCUACUGAAUGGGACUAAUUGUUUGAAUCGUAUCUUUCUCUAUAUGUUAAAGCAGAUUUAAAACUAUUUUAUAAUCACAAUAUGUAAUCAGAGCAAUAUAGUGUUUUCAGAUAUAUACCUUGUUUUAUACUUUGUAUAGGGUGUGCUAUAAAAUGGUGGCAUGCCCACUGGCUGUGGUAAAAUUUAAUCUCCAUUACUUUGGGAGUGAUUUAAUGCCUUUUGAAAUGGAGCUUUUGCACUUUAUACUCUUUCUGUGACCUACGAUAACUAUAUUUGAUAUUAAAGCUGUAAAUAGCAUUUUCUGCAAAUGAAUAUGUACAUGUUUGUGUCUGUUUCCAAAAUGAUUUAACUAUUUGCAGUGAGAAUGUAUCUAAUGGAUUGUACAGCAAAGCACAUUGCCCAAAUUCAUUUGUUAAUGAAUUGGGUACCAUUGUUAUUAAAAAUGAUUAAAAUAA